AAUGUAUAGUCAAGGGUAAAAAACUUCAAGUUUAGAGUGUUACACUCUUUUUUUUCAAACUUCCCCAACGGCGUCGUUUAUAUAACCUGUGCAGCAUAUUCGUCAUCCAUCUGCGGCCCGUAUACAGCGAUCAAGGCUCAAGUUAUCGGUCAGUAUGUCUGGAGAAGAAGAAGAGAAUGCUGCAGAGCUGAAGAUAGGCGAUGAGUUUUUGAAGGCCAAGUGUUUAAUGAAUUGUGAAGUCUCCUUGAUUCUUGAACACAAAUAUGAGCAGCUUCAGCAGAUGUCUGAAGAUCCAAUGAAUCAAGUUUCUCAAGUGUUUGAGAAGUCCCUGCAAUAUGUGAAGCGUUUCAGUCGCUACAAAAAUCCAGAUGCCGUUAGACAAGUUCGAGAGUUACUGAGUCGCUACCAGUUAGCAGAAUUCGAGCUUUGUGUUCUUGGAAACCUAUGCCCUGAAACCGUGGAGGAAGCCAUUGCUAUGGUUCCGUCUAUCAAGUCAAGGGGACGGGGACAUGAUGAUGAAGCCAUUGAGAAAAUGCUGAAUGACAUGUCUUUGAUUAAGAAGUUUGAGUAGUUUCUAUGUCUUGUUUCUGUCCUCAUUUCCAAAGAUUGUAAGGUAAUGCUAUAGUGAUGAUUUGUAUUAAGUGCAUUGGAGCUUGUACCUUUAUCAUAUACUUGUUUUUUGAUGACCAUCAGUUUGAGAGGGGAAGUUCAUUUUAUAAGAAAGUAUAGACAAUUGUAGUACUAA